UCAGACUCCUCAUCAAAUGCGUCAUAUGAUUCUGAUGAAGACUAUCGCUUGGCCCAGAAAGAGUGGAACGAGAGUUUAGAAGAGCUUCAGCAGCUUGCACUCGUCUUACUACUGCCAUGGGUGGGCAAGUACUUUGGCAGGAGAUGUAGUUAUUGGUUGUAUGAUCGUUACACUCGUGUCGGUCUCGGCAAGUCAUUUUUCAUG